UUCGGGAAAGGUGUGUCACCGGUGUGACGUCACGCCUGUACCUGAGUUUCGGUAAGGCGGAAGGAGAGGACGGUCCGAAUCGGAGGAAAAACACCGGCUGUUUGUUUGCAGCUUUUCCGAGAUAAACCUUUUCUACAUUUGUUGUUUUUAAUCGGUUCGUCCCGUCGAGGAAUCCUUCGGGAAACUUCGGGUUUUUCCGGAGAGUUUGGAGGAAAACAAACGGCGUUUAUUUGCAGCUGUUGGCAGACCUCUCCCACUUCCUGCUUCUGCUCAGGAUGUCGGUGACCCCCCGCCGCGUGCGCCUCAAGCCCUGGCUGGUCGCUCAGGUGAACAGCGGACGGUAUCCGGGUCUGGAGUGGAUUGACCGCGAGGCCAUGCGCUUCAAGAUCCCAUGGAAACACGCCACGCGCCACACACCCCAGCACGAGGACGAGGACACCAUAUUCAAGGCGUGGGCCGUGGAGACCGGGAAGUUCCAGGAGGGAGUGGAUGAACCCGAUCCUGCAAAGUGGAAGGCUCAGCUUCGGUGCGCCUUGAAUAAAAGCAGAGAAUUCAACCUCAUUUAUGACGGCACCAAAGAGGUCCCCAUGAACCCUCUGAAGAUCUAUGACGUGUGCGACAUUCCGCAGCCUUCCAGUAACCAGGAUGCUGGAUCUUGGACACCAGGUGAUAAUGAUGAUGGUGAAGAAGAUCUUCCAAACACGCCAGAGUCUCUUCCUCCGUACCCAUCCAACGGCACCCCCUCACCACACAUCAUGUGGUCUCCAAUGGGCUCAGAGUCCUCCAUGCCGCCACCCAGCUGUCCCUCCUCUAACGAGGCCUGGCCCAAAGAGGAGCCCGUCAAAAUCGAGCCCCCAGAUGUGGAGAUGCAGGUUACACCCAUGGCUGACCUGGCUCCUGCUCCUCUUCCUGAUCCCAUUCUUCAGCCCACCCCUCUGACUGAUUCAUUCUUUGCCUCUCCGGAAAUGUGGAUCAGUUCCCUCCCAAUGACGGACCUGGAGGUGCAGUUUCUGUACAGAGGGAAGGAGAUGUGUCCCACUGCGACAGUGAGCAACCAGCAUGGCUGCAGGUUGUUUUACGGGGACCUGGGACCCAUGGUCAACCAGGAGGAGCUGUUCGGGCCGGUCAACCUGGAACAGCUUCGCUUCCCGUCCCCAGAACACAUCGCCAAUGACAAGCAGAGGGUCUUCACUCACCGCCUGCUGGAUGUGAUGGACCGAGGCCUGAUUCUGGAGGUCAGCGGACAUGACAUUUACGCAAUCCGCCUCUGCCAGUGUAAGGUGUACUGGUCCGGCCCCUGCGCUCCAAACCCAGCGGCACCGAAUCUUAUAGAGCGGCAGAGGAAGGUCAAACUUUUCUCUCUGGAGUCUUUCCUUACUGAUGUGAUCGCUCAUCAACGUAGCCAGUCACCGAGCUCCCCUCCGUUUGAAAUCAGCCUUUGUUUUGGGGAGGAGUGGCCUGAUGGAAGACCCAGGGAGAGAAAGCUCAUCAUGGUCCAGGUCAUUCCUGUGGUGGCCCGAAUGAUAAGCGAGAUGUUUUCCAACGACAGCACCCGAUCCUUUGACAGCGGCAGUGUCCGCUUGCAGAUUUCCAUUCCAGACAUCAAGGACAACAUCGUGGCCCACCUGAAGCAGCUGUACUGCCUACUGCAGACACACCAGGGUCAGGAGGGCUGGGCCAUGCCUGGUGGCCCCGGCCUGAACAUUGCCCAGGCCCUGCAGACUCAGUGAGGAGUAAAAGAGGUUUGUUGGUAUUAAAGCUGUUCUUAUGAAGCCUCGGUGAUCUCCUUGAUGGUCCAACACUGGAGCCAGCAGGUGAAGGAGCACCAGAAGAAGCCUGAAGGUGGCUGUGGAGGAGGAGAGAGCAACUGUGGACUAUGUUAAUAGUUUGUUUCUAUAAUAAAAAUUGUUUUUUUCAAUUAA